AUGAUCACAGCUCCGGCCGCCUCCUCCGUCAAGUACAAUUCAAUCAAAUACAAUGUUUCAACUGCGGAAAACAAAUUUGUCGGUGCCAGCCCUGAGGUAGAUAAAGCCUGGCGCGAGAUCUCAUAUGACAUGGGAGACCAAUGGAUAUCGAACUCUGACAUCGAGAAACUCGGCAUGCCGAAGACAUCUCUGAAAGUAGCCCACCCCAAAACCGGCGAAGAAGGCUAUCGAGUGGGCAUGGAAGUCUUCCACCAGCUUCAUUGUAUCAACCUGCUCAGAAGGGUUACUUACAAGGAAUACUACGAGCCGCUGGGCGGUGAAUUCGCUGCUGGCCCUGAGACCCUCCGACACCAUACAGGUAAUGGCCCCCCAAUCCAAGUCUGCUUUUUGAUGUCCGAAGCUAUACUAACGGAGCUGUUGUUCAGAUCACUGCAUCGAGAUUCUCCGGCUUAA